CCUCCGCGUGCGCAUUUUGGCCCCUCCACAUUGCAUGUUUACUGGAACCAACAGCGCAAACACAUUGAACCCCGCCAAACCUGGACCGCUCGCUUCAUCUCUCAUAACUCCCAGCCAGGCAACAUCAAGGCUCACAACCCCACCGACGGUAUCUCAAACGCAACCAGGACAAACUUGAACAAUAACGUUAAGAGCUUUGCACACGGGUUCUACCUUUUACGAGUCAAAGCUUCUCUCGCAGAUAAAAAUGGCCUCCAACAACCCCGACUCGAGCGCAAACCAGUCUGCAAUCUCAGAGGAUCCCAAGACCGACGUCAACGCAGCCGUUGAAGAGCUUCUGAACACAAUCUCUAACAAGUUCGCGGGCGUCUCAAGUGAGAUCUUUGCAAAGAUGGACGAAAUGUCUCGCCGCCUGGACAACCUUGAGGCGGCUCUUCUAGCUAACAAGGAGAAGGACGCCGGCCCGUCCAAGUCGUCUUGAGUCCAAGUCUUAAUGGCAUACUUCACGAGGCAGGUGGUUCGCAUGCCGAUGGCGUUAGGGUUCAAGGGACAGCCUCACAGGAGCUACGUAUGAUGGUCGGUUUCCACGGGGCAGACUUGAGUUAUACUUGGUAUUGUUAUUCAUCAUCAUCGGUAUCCUAGACUACCAAUCCCAACUUGAGCUAAAC